ACACACAGAGAGAGAGAGAAGAGGAUGGCAAUGCUGCCUCAGCUGGCCUCGUCCGAAUGCUUCGGUCUCGGUUCACAAAACAGCCCUUACUACCUGCAGUGCGUGCAUCGCAAGGAGGGCGGCAAUCGCAUCGAGGCGAACGCCGACGCCCUCAUCGAAAACAUGCGCGCCCGAUUCUUCGUGGAGCCGUGGGGGGAGCACCCCGGGGCCGGGUACGUCCACGUCCGCUGCUGCUACAACAACAAGUACUGGGUACCUCUGGAGGUGCAGGAGCCCGGCGCCCACGGCAGACGCCCUCCCUCUUCCUCUUCCUCUUCCUGGGUCAUUGGCACCACAAAUGAACCGGAGGAGGACACGUCCAGCCCGCAUUGCACGCUCUUUCGGCCCGAGCGUUUCAAGGCCAACGAAACUAUCAGGUUCAUCCAUCUUGUCCUAAAAAAAUGUGUUUACGGGCCCCUAGUAGGAAGACACGACUCCAUACCCCAGUUGCAACUACAAGAGUUUAAGGAUGAUAUACCUAUUAGAGAUAUGAGACUAUAAUUUUAGCGUCACUGGUUUGUCGAGACACGAGGCAUUGCCUAGGCAUGUUGCUUUCAAAGGCGACAAUGGCAAAUACCUGGGCACGGCUCAUGUCAUGGCAACCAUCUGGGAAAAAGUUGGGAAGGUUCUGGAUGGAUUUGGCCUGCUGGAAAAGCUCUUACAUGAGAAACCUGCCGAAGAUGCAUUGAGAAAUGAGUUCGGACAUCUACGUCUGCAAUUUCACACAGAAGACAAGGGAGAUGCAGGUGUGAUUUUCACUACUUUUACCCGUACUGAUGGGACCGUCCGCAUAUUAUCCAACCUGAAUGGGUAUUGGAAGCGCGGCUCGGACUCAGAUGAUUGGGUUUCAGUUGCGCACAUAAAAGACCCCCUCCGCGACAACGACCCUCACACAUUAUUUGAGGUGGUCACCGGGGAUGGCUUCAUUGCACUCCGGAAUCUGGGCAACAAGAAAUUCUGCAAAAGGUUAAGCGCAGACGGGGAGUCAGAUUGCCUCAGUGCUUCCGACGAGAACAUAUCUCAAUGUGCAAGGUUGAUGGUGGAAGAGCCGGUUGAUAAAUGUGAGAUCUAUGAUGAAAAGUACCACCUGGAGGAAGCAAGGAUUUACAACAAGCAGAUUAUAAACGUGGCCACUGAUUACAGCACCAACGACACAAACAAAGAGAUGAAAGCCAAGUUUUCCUUCGUCAAGAAAAUUGAAGUGGCCAGCAAGUGGGAAACCAGCGCUUCAUCCAAGCAAGGAACCGAUGCCAAGAUAAGCUUCGGCACCGGCGGGGAGAAACCACCGAUAAUUGUAGGUGGAGAAGUUACAUUCUCCUAUGAGUCCUCUUCAUCACAUGCCAAGGGAACAUCAGAAACCAACACGGAGGAGACAACGGUCACGCAGGAGUAUGAUAUCCCUUCGAAGACUACAAUCGCAGCAAAGCUGAUUGGAAUGCGAGCUUGCUGUGACGUGCCCUAUUCAUACAAGAAGAGGGUACGCCUGACCACCGGAAAAGAAGUUACCAGCACCCACCAUGAUGGCAUCUAUACCGUGGCCAACAACUAUAACUUCGGCAUCGUCUUCACUGAUAACAAAGAAGAGGUCGAGAAGUUACAGGCUCGGUACUUUUCAACCCGGCCUUAAUUAUGCUUUCUACUCUGUUGGGUUUCCUUUCACGUAUGUUGUCUGAAUAAUCCUGAUGUUUACCGUCAGGCUAGCUGCACGUAGUAGUGGAGUACUCCGUAGCAGCAUGUCUUGUUUGCUUGUUCUAUCUAUCUGGUCUACCACGUCACCAUGUUAGACGUGAUUCGCGGGUCGCAUAUGUAAUGUAAUGUAAUGUAAGCCUGAGACGUGCGGGUUCACGUCGAGGCGUUGUGUUUCCAUUGUGUUGUGUCGGUUACCCAGCCUCCAGCUUCGGGUCGUGGGAUGGCGCGAUCAGAUGGAGCUGUGAGCGAUGAGGGUUGUUAUGUAUUGUAAUGGCGAGCUUUGCUCCCGAGAAUAAAAGUAAAGAAACAAGAAAAGCCGC